CUUGCCUCCUCUCCCUCUCCAAAUAAGAAGAAAACACUCUCUCCACAUCUCGUUGGAGGUCCGAAGCAAACCCUAGAGAAAUCAAUCGAAAAUGGCACCAAAGAAAGAGAAAGCUCCACCACCGUCUUCCAAACCAGCCAAAUCUGGCGGAGGCAAGCAGAAGAAGAAGAAAUGGAGCAAAGGAAAGCAAAAGGAGAAGGUGAACAACAUGGUUUUGUUUGAUCAAGCAAGUUAUGAUAAGCUUAUUUCAGAAGCACCCAAGUACAAGCUUAUUACUCCUUCAGUCUUGUCUGACAGACUUAGGAUUAAUGGAUCCCUAGCUCGUAGGGCAAUCAGGGAUUUGGUAGCGAAGGGUUUGAUCAGGAUGGUUUCAGCUCAUUCCAGCCAGCAGAUUUACACCAGAGCCACCAACACAUAGAAGAACACCACCAAGAGCUUGUUAGUUUUCUUUUGUUGUUCUUGGAAUGCAUCAGUAGGCUAUCGAGAGUUUUUACAUUUUAAACCACUGGAAAACAGAUGUUAAGCUCUACCAACAUAUUGGCCAAAAUCUAGUUGCUAUAUUUUGAGUCAUGUACUUUUAUUGGUACUCAAAAGUUUUGGUUGUCUGAGUUAUUUCAAUCUGCGUUUUGUUUCUCA